GGAAUGUGGUGGGAAGGGCACCUGAGAACUGAGAACUCAAGACAAGGGCUCCAUUCUCAGUUCUGCUUCCUGGUGUUUCCCCUCAUCAAUUUCCUCACCAGCAUAAGAACCCUACCUAGGGUAUCACAAGGACAAAACAAGGUAAUAUAGGAAAGAGAGAUUUGUCUGUAAAGCAGACUCAGCUUCUAGUUCGAUUUGUUACUGAUUGAUUUGCAGAAAUGGAGUCUGCUGACAGAUGAGACCGUUUGAGAGGAUGAAGCAAUUUCCUUCCUCUUUUCUACGUUCAUCUCCUAAACCCCACUGAACUCAAGCCCAGUUCUGGGAUGACUAUGGAGAUCCAGACAUUUCUGAAUGUACAUCCUGGUAGCCUUUGGCUGCUUCAACCACUGACAGUUUUGCUGCUGCUGACUUCUGCACGCAGGGGAGCUGCACAUCUCCCAAAGGCUGUGGUGAGCCUUGAGCCCCCGUGGAUCAAUGUGCUCCGGGAGGAUACCGUGACUCUGAAGUGCCAGGGGGCCCACACCCCUGGGAAUGACUACACCCAAUGGUUCCAUAAUGGGAGCUCCAUCACAACCCAAGUCCAGCCCAGCUACAGCUUUAAGGCCAGAAACAAUGAAAGCGGAGACUACAAGUGCCAGACGGGCCAGACCAGCCUCAGCGACCCUGUGCAUCUGGAUGUGAUUUCUGACUGGUUGCUGCUCCAGACCACUCGCCUGGUGUUCCAGGAUGGGGAACCCAUCCACCUGAGGUGCCACGGCUGGAGAAGCAAGCCUCUGUACAAGGUCACAUUCUUCCAGAAUGGAAAAUCCAAGAAGUUUUCCCAUCUGAAUUCCAGCUUCUCCAUCAGACAAGCAAACCUCAGUCACAGUGGCGAGUACCACUGCACGGGAGUUAUAGGGCAAAUGCUGCACACGUCACAGCCUGUGAACAUCAUUGUCCAAGGUCCGGCAGCACUAUUCGUCUUUCCGCCUUGGUAUCAAAUCACUUUCUGUCUGGUGAUGGCGCUCCUGUUUGCAGUGGACACGGGGCUGUAUUUUUCCGUGCAGACAGACCUUCGAAGAUCAAUGAGAGACUGGAGGAACUACAAAGUCAGAUGGAGCCAGGCCCCUCAGGACAAAUGACCCCUCAUCCCAUGGUGUGACAGCAGCAUCUCUUCAGGCCCUACAUUUUCUCCUCCCCCAACCGCUAUCUGACAGCAUCCUGGGCUAAGGAGCCUCCAACCACCCUUUAGUCUCCAGGGAAAAGAAGGACCUGUGAUCUCCAGAGUUAAAUUCCAACAGACCACACACUCAUGAAGUUCCUGAAGGUCAAGGCACAGUCACAGCCCACCUGGCUCUACAAGGACUCACAGCAAACACUCACACUGUUUUAUAGACCCUAGACAGAGGUUCCUCAAAUAUACAAAACUCAGUGAAUCCUGCGUCUACUUUCAAAAUAAAUCCAGCAAUCUGACCCCUUCUCAGUACUCUACUAUUAGCACCUUGGUCCAAGCUACCAUCAUCUCUCACUUGGGUUACUGCAAUAGCUUCCUGAUUGGUUUCCCUACACUCACCCUUGCCACCCUACAGUCUGUUGUCACCACAACAGCCAAAGUGAUCUUUUAAAAAUGUGUGUUGUAUCUGUCGCUUCUGUGCUCAAAGCCAUGCAAUAGCCCCUUGCGAUUAAGAGUAAAGCUAAAGCCUUUGCAAUGUUCUACAAGGAGCUACAUGACCUUGCUCCUCACUGCCUCUCUGACCUCAUCUACUGCUCUUCCUUGCUUCAAUCAACACACCAAUUAUACUUCUGCCCAGGGCUUAUGUUAGUUCCAGUUUCUGGAAUGUUCUUUCUUACAGAUCUCCACAUCAUGCUCCAUCAUGGUCUUGACUCAAAUGACACCUUAUCAGUGAGGUCUCCUUCAUCAUUCAGUAUAACCCCACUCUCUCACGGCCCCCUAAUGCCCCUCUCCUGCUUUAUUUUUCCUCAUUGUACUUAUUACCUACUGAUGUAUCAUAUGCUGACUUGUUUAAUGGUUUAUUGUCUCACUAUGUCAACUCCCAUCAGAAUGUGUGCUCCAGGACAGCAGGGCCUUUGUCUAUUUUGUUCGCUAAUGUAUACCUAGAGUCUGGGUCAGUGUCCAGCACAUGACAAAGCACUCAGUAAUUCGUGGAAUGAGCAAAUUCUUGAGCAUUUGAAAUCAGAGAAUUUUAAAGCUAGAAAGUCCUUAGAAAUGAUGUGGUCCAGUCUCCUCAUUUUAAAAUUGAGUAAGCUGUGGCCCAGAUGGGUGAAAUGACUUGUUAAGGAUAUACAGGCCGUUGGUGUCACAGACCUUUACAUAAACAGGUUUGGUUCACACUGUAUGUUUGUUCUACAACUUGCUUUUUGUACUCAGUGUUGAGUCAUCAGCAUACCUCCACUUCACAAUGUCUAUUUAAGUUAUCACUUUAGUAUCUGUUCUACUUUUAAAGAUACUCAAACUAAGCUACUAAACAUAAAUGGAUACAUGUAAGCGUGUGGAUAAAGUUAGCACUGCAUACAUAAACUCCUAUGUACUUGAACCUCUCUGAAUUCAAAAGUAAAGAGAAUGCCAUUGGAAGAAGGCCUGUGUGAGGCUGUGGUGAAUGUGCAGGCACAGAGGUGCUUGCUUUCGGGCUUUACCUGGAACUCUUGGGGCUGGGUGGGAAGGUGGGGUUUUGA